GCCUGGAAAUUUGCUGACUGCUAUAGUUGGGGGAGGGUAGUGAUGGUGUCCCGAGGAGAUGCUGUCUGAACGCUGAGAGGGAUGUCCCCUUAAACCAACACUGCCGCACACCCAUGCCAGCACUCCCAGUCCCCUCAGUGACUGUCCCUCUGCUUAUUGCCCCGGCUGUUUCACUCUGGAGUCACUAUCCUGGCAGGUGUUCACCUUUGGUUUUCUUUCUCCGUUUAUAAUUAUUUAUUAAUAAGAAAGGGAGAAGAGGAGGAGAGAGAACCAAAGCAUCCACACCAUGACAGGGAUCAAACUUAGGACCUCACACUUGAGAGUCUGACACUUUAUCCACUGUGCCACUUCCCAGGCCCCAGGUAAUGCUCACCCCAUGCUGUCUUGUCAGUGUCCUUGAUGUCACCCCUGCUCUGAUGUCACAGCACAGCAGCUCUGUCAUUCCCAUGGCAACAGCCUGCCAUAGUCCACCAGCCAGGGCAGGCACAGGGCUGCUGGUGAAGGUGGGACCUGUGAUUCCAGCCAACUUUGUGAUGGGUGUCUCAAUACCUACCAAGUCAGCCCAAUGAUUUCAAGAAAGCCCUGUAGAAAGUGCUUCUUUCCACCUGGCCAGUGUCUGCCUCCCUGUGAUGUGUUGUCGGUGGUGGUCUAGGUCAGUCAUCUGGAGACACGCACAGGGCUUGGCCGCUCCUUGGGGCAUUCCAAGCGGAGGCCCCGCCCUUGUAGGCUGGACGCGGAACAGCUGUGGCCUCUGGCUUUCUCCCACUCCUGCUGUCCUUGAACCUCUGCCUGAGACUCACACCACCUCAGUUUUGAAGCCAUGUCUACAAACUUCUCCCACAUGAAAAGAAAUAUGGAGAGGACUACCUGGUCCAACCCCAGUGAGGUAGAUGACCACGGCCAAGCCUUGCUUGUGAGAAAGAAACAUAGAUUGCUACAAGUCAGAGAAAAUGAACUUCUCCCCACACAGGGCAGGCUAGACCUCCGGCAGCACCAGAGCCAUCAGCUGCAGCGCCUGGCUGAGGAGUUGAGGGCAGGAUGGCUGGAGGCCCCGAACAAACUGGCCCGUGCCCUGGAAGGGCUGUACUUAGCAUAUAUGCUGGGGGUGCGAGGGGCCCGGGCAGAACCUAAAUUGCAGGCCCUGGAGGGACCAACCCAGCGAGGGGCAGCCGGGUCCUGGAGGGCUGGGGAGAAACACAGAAUCAGAGAGGAAAAGGGUCGCCGAGAGGAGCUGACGAGACAGCAGUCCUGCCACAAGCCCCAGAGGAAAUCCAGUGGCUCACCUCACCCUACCUCUAGCCCCCCUGAUAAACGGAAGAGGAAACGAGUGCCCUUGACCAAGGCCAACAGCCGCCGCUCCUCGGACCCCACUUCUGCUGCAGGGGACGUUUCACGCCAGGAGGGGAGGGAAAAGGAACGACCCCGAGAAGGAAGGAAACAGCCAACAAAGGGGGCAGUCAGUCCAGUUCGGGACCUGAAAGACAACUGUCCAGGUCCGAGGAGUGAGGUCUGGCAAGAGGGCUCCUCGUGCAAACGUCGAGCGCUGCCCACACCCACAUCUGCUUGCAGACGUGACAAGAAAAGGUGGCAGAAAGAGCUGGAGUUCGCCUUUGUAGAGUUGUUCAACACCAACCAGAAGCUGAAAAAGCAACUGAGCUUGCACAUGGGGCUAAAGCCAGGGGAGAGCCAGCCUUCCAGUGAAGAGCAGAGCUGUUCAGAGGCACCAAGCCCCAGAGAGGAGGCCCAGGGAGAAAAGAGAGCCAUCAAGGCAGAGGCAGAAAGGACACUCACUAGGGUCCCCACCAACCCAGCAGGGGACCAUGCCCACCAGACAGAAUCUAUGACCCAUUUGAAAACAUUACUCAGCACCUUCCAGAACCCAAAAUACCAUAGCAUGCCCACACCCACAUACAGGAACGAGACCCCGGUGUCAUCUUCUGAGUCGGGGGUGUCCCUCCGGACAAAUAACCCACUGCCAUGUGGUCUAGAGCCCCAACAGGAGCUUCCUGAACCAGAUGACACCCUGGAGGAAGGCCACCUUCAGAUUCCCCUACAUGAACAGACCCGCAGGGUCCGUUUGAUGGCACUGAGGCAGAUGCAGAGCAUGGAGAUGGAGCAGAGGCGGUGGAAGCAGCUGGAAAUGCUUGAUGAAAAUGAAUACCUAGACAUGAGCUUGGAGCCCUGCUCCCAGAAUGAGAUAGAAGAGGAGAUAAGAGAGCAGGUGAGUGAGCGCCUGGCCCAGAUGAAUAUGUGCUCCUCCCUGGAGCCUGCUGAGGAGGAGCGGAGGGGGUGUGGGCGCAGCUCCACGUCCCUCUCGGCCACCAGCGUCUACGAUGACGAGAGGAACAGCCAAAUGCUCCAGGACCUGCAGCAGCAGAUUUUAGAGCAAAACAAGUUGCACAAGCAGUUUGUUGAAGAGACCAGGAAACGCUUGCAAGAGUUUCAGACUAUACAUUAAGAGCCCUGCCUGUAAUAAAUACAUCAUCACUGGA